UCAGAGAGACAGACAGCAAUGCAUGGUGGAAUGUGGAUACCUUUGGAUUCAAGCGGUGGGUAGCUCGUCCAUUUGUUGUCUGCAAUUUCUGCUGGAUUCUUCGAUUGCGACGAACAAAUAAUACGUCUCUUCUUCGUAUCCUCCAAAGCAAAAUUGUACAUAAAAGGAUGACGCUGAAGCUUCUUCACUCCACCCCCUCGCUGCCUUCUUCCUCUUCUUCAUUGCCUCUUCCUCUCUCUACUUUGUGCCAACUUUUUAGGUUUUCAGGUUCGUUUCGACUUGGGCUUCUUGCUGAUUGGAUCUUCCUGUUGAUUCUUCAAUUUCUUUGGACUUUUGAUUUCGAACCUUGUUCAGCGGCUCUGGAGGGGUUGAGGGAAGGAAAUCUUCUUAUUGGUUUACUUAUUUUUGGUUGGACCGACGGUGUUGGUGUUGAAUAUUUUCUGCAAGCAAGAUAUGGGUGAGGUUGACACGAAAUCAAUUGAAUCGGUUCAAGCUGUCCUUUCCUUAUUUGAGGAGAAAAAAGACCAAAGGAAGUAUUGUUUAAUUGGGAACGAGGAGGUGGUGAAGGGGAUGGAACUUGACCUCAUGCUCAAAUACUUGGCCAACUACAAGGUGCAAUUGGAAGUAAAAGAAUCUGCCUACAUGCAAGCCCUUCUCAAGAUAGAAGUCUACCAAAAGACAGUUGAUGAACUGUCCAUCCAGCUGAAGAAUGCUGAGGCUGAGAGGGACAAGUACAUUAAAGAAUGCCAAGAAGCAAGGGUGCGGAUAGAGGAUCUGGAAUCCAAGAUUAAGGAGAUGUCAGAUCAGCUCUUGGAAACUGGAAAGGCAAAAGAACAACUUAUCUAUGUGGUAAGUGAAUUGAAGACCACCAAAGAAGAGCUGCUGAGCACAGAAGCAAAACUUGCUGCUGCUGAGGAAUCGAAUCUUUCUGCCAUUGAACAGGCCAAACUAAUUGAAACUUCUAUUGAUAUGGAGAAAAAAAAGAGUGAGGAGCUUCUGAAGCACUUAUCAGAGAUCAACAAGGCUAUGUUUCAUUUUAAACUGGAAGUAAUUGAAGCAGAGAAAGAGAAGUCCACAAUCAUAUCAGAGAAGGAUGGCAAGAUACAGAUGUCCAUAAACGCAGCAGUUCAAGCACAGGAACAAUUAGAAGAGAUGAGAAUACAAGCAACCACUGUGCAAGAUUUAGACAACCAACACUUGGCGAAGUCCCAAUCAAUUGAUUUGCCACAGAAAUUGAAGCAAGAUAAAGAGAUCCAUAAUUCAUUUGCAGAAGCUGCUUCUGGUAAAAUUGAUGAUCUAAACCAACUAAAAUCAGAGUUGAUAGAAAGAGCAAACUCUGUCAAAGAAAGUGAUACCAAAUCAAUGGAUUCAGAGCUGAGGCAAUUAGAAUUAGAACUUAAAAAUGCAAGAGAAGAGGUUUGCAAUCUAAGGCAUGAGAUUAAAUUUCUUAAAGGUACAAUUCAGAAGUCAGAGAAAGAGAUGGAAGAGAGCAAGGAAAGAGAGUCUGAAGCUCAGGUUCACAUUGCAAUGCUGAAAUCAGAGCUUCACAGAGACAGAUCAAAGAUUGCAGCAGCAGAGGCAGCUGAAGCAAGGGCAAAGAGUGUUAAGUCGGGGUUAUAUCUUGCUGUGCAGCAGUUGGCAAUAGAAGCGGAUGAAGCCAAGAAGGAAACACAAAGGCUCAGACGAGUAAUAGAGAAGGCAAAAGAAGAAGCAGACGAAGAAACUGGAAACUCUGCCAGUGUCAAACCCCAAUUUCUUGAAUCUUCUUCAUGUCUAAAAUUGCACAGAGUUGGGGAGUUAAAACCCAAAGUGGAAGAGGUAGAAGACAAUAUGAUACCCAUCUCACAAUUUCAAUGAAUGAAUGAUCGAAUACAAUCUGCAUCAGGGAACAUGAGCAAGUGGACUGUUUCCUGAAGAUGCAUCACAUGUAAUUGCAGUGUGAAGUAGAUGCUUCGAAUAAAGAGCUUGAAACUGCAAUUGCAGAAAUUGGGGUGCUAAGGUCUGUGGUGGAGAAGGCUGUAAUCACGGCUGAGCUGGCAUUAGAAAAUUGGAACAGUGGUCGAGUUGAGGAUCAAUUAAAGUGGAGGGAACUGAACACUGGAGAAGAGCUUGCUGCAGCUGCAGUUUGCAAGGAAACAGCUCCCAAACAAGGCAAUAAUGAAAUGUUUCCUUUAGGUUCAUAAUUCGAAAUUCUAGUCCCACAGGAUGACUUUUUUUUUUUUUUUUUCUUUUCUUUAAUGAAAGAGGUUCAGAUUGUAUUUUUGAGAACUUAGAUUAACCAUCAUUGUCUUCCACUUUAA